GGAGGGGCCUGGUCCGGUUACAGCUUUCGCCCCUUUUUCUACCAGCCCUCCCUCCAGGUCUGUCCACAGUUUGCAGCCUCACUUCCCCACCCGGGCCGCCGCUGGAACUCACGAAGUACCCUUAAAGAAGAGGCCCUCAGAAGGUUCUCUUAAGAAGAUAAAGUAGUGGAAACAAGUCUCCUGAGCUUUUCUGGCCCUAAAUGGCUGCAGAAUCAAGGAAGUCUUCAGCCCCAUCCCCACCAGACCAGGCUCCUGAAGAGGACCUUGUAAUCAUCAAGGUAGAGGAAGAUCAUGGUUGGGACCAGGAAUCAAGUCUACAUGAAAAUAACCCUCCUGGCCAAGAGCUGUUCCGCCUGCGCUUCAGGAAGUUAUGCUACCAAGAGACACUAGGACCCCGAGAAGCGCUGAUCCAACUCCGAGCACUUUGCCACCAGUGGCUGAGGCCAGAUUUGAACACCAAGGAGCAGAUCCUGGAGCUGCUGGUGCUGGAGCAGUUCUUGACCAUCCUGCCUGAGGAGCUCCAGACUCUGGUUAAGGAACAUCAUCUAGAGAAUGGAGAGGAGGUGGUGACUCUAUUGGAGGAUUUGGAAAGGCAAAUUGAUAUACUGGGACGGCCAGUCCCUGCUCGUGCACAUGGACAUAGGGUACUCUGGGAGGAGGUCGUGCAUUCCAAAUCUGCACCAGAGCCUCCGGAUACUCAGCUCCAACCUGUGGCAACCCAGCACGAAUCUCCAGUGCUCCAAGGGCCACAAGACAGAGCCAUAUCUGCUUCACAGAGUCCUACUCCUUCCCAGAAAGGAAGUCCUCGAGACCAGGAGAUGAGAGCUACACUUCUUACAGCAGGGUUCCAGACUUUGGAGAAGAUUGAAGACAUGGCUGUGUCCCUAAUUCGAGAGGAAUGGCUUCUUGAUUCAUCACAGAAGGAUCUGAGUAGAGAUAACAGGCCAGAGAAUUACAGAAACAUGUUCUCCCUGGGUGGUGAGACCAGGAAUGAGAACAGGGAAUUAGCUUCAAAACAGGUAAUAUCUACUGGAAUCCAACCACAUGGAGAGACAGCUGCCAAAUGCAACGGGGAUGUUAUCGGGGGUCUUGAGCAUGGAGAAGCCCGAGACCUUCUGGGCACAUUAGAGAGGCAGCGGGGAAAUCCCACCCAAGAGAGACGACAUAAAUGUGAUGAAUGUGGGAAGAGCUUUGCUCAGAGUUCAGGUCUUGUUCGCCACUGGAGAAUCCACACUGGGGAGAAACCCUAUCAGUGUAAUGUGUGUGGUAAAGCCUUCAGUUACAGGUCAGCCCUUCUUUCCCAUCAGGAUAUCCACAACAAAGUAAAACGCUACCACUGUAAGGAGUGUGGUAAAGCCUUCAGUCAAAACACAGGCCUGAUCCUGCACCAGAGAAUCCAUACUGGGGAGAAGCCGUAUCAGUGCAAUCAGUGUGGGAAGGCUUUCAGUCAGAGUGCGGGCCUUAUUCUGCACCAGAGAAUCCACAGUGGGGAGAGACCCUAUGAAUGUAAUGAGUGUGGGAAAGCUUUCAGUCAUAGCUCACACCUCAUCGGACAUCAGAGAAUCCACACUGGGGAGAAGCCCUAUGAGUGUGAUGAGUGUGGGAAAACCUUCAGGCGGAGCUCACAUCUUAUUGGCCAUCAGAGAAGCCACACUGGGGAGAAACCCUACAAAUGCAAUGAGUGUGGGAGGGCCUUCAGUCAAAAGUCAGGCCUUAUUGAACAUCAGAGAAUCCACACUGGAGAAAGACCCUAUAAAUGUAAAGAAUGUGGGAAAGCUUUCAAUGGGAACACUGGCCUCAUUCAGCAUCUGAGAAUUCACACAGGGGAGAAGCCCUAUCAAUGUAAUGAGUGUGGGAAAGCCUUUAUUCAGAGGUCAAGUCUCAUUCGACAUCAGAGAAUCCACAGUGGAGAAAAGUCUGAAUCCACGGGAGUUUAGGAAAAAACUUUAGUCAUAGAUUGGGCAUUAUUCAGCAUUAGAGGAACCAUGUGCUAGUGAGAGGUCUUUCAGUGUAACAAAAAGGCAGAAAGUUCAGCAUCAUUACAACCUUAUCUAGGGUCAGAAUUGAUAGUGUGACAAAGUUAGAAUAGCUCUUCAGUAGUUUGGGCACAGUGCCUUGAUGCAGGUUGAUUAGCUUGACUAUCUUGGGAGGUGUCUGAUGGAGUGGAGCUCCCGAUGGCCUAAGGUCUCCUUUAGAAGCUUAAAAUAGCAUUAGAGCAAGUUGCUCGUCGUGGCUUGAGGCACUUAACUUUGUCUUUUUGGUGAGUAGCUAUAGGUUUGAGAGAGGCUACUCCUCCUAGUUCCUCUGUUUCUUCCCAUCUGUGAUCCCUUCUCCCAUUUAUUCCCCUAAAGGUGCACUUGUGCUCCUAAUCUGACCUAAGAAGCUGCUUUAGAGUUUGAAGCAGCCUCUGUGUGAGACUUAUAUUUAGCUUUCUAAGAUCCUGUUCUAGGGAAGUUUUUACAGACAUCUCAUGUAUUUAUGCUUAAGUGUGCAUUUUAUUUUAUUCUAAUGCUCCUGAUAGUGGAAAUCCAUAUUCCCAUGCAAACUCAGAAUGCUAUAUUUUUAACAGCACUCCAGCAUUUUUCUUCAUAUAUCACCUUCACUGACUCCACUGAGUCAUUGAGCAUCCAUACGUAUCCUUCACCACUCCCAGUCCCAGUACCUGUGUCAGCGAGGAAGUGGACGCAUUAGUGAUGGUUGUGGGAAUGAUGCAGAGAAAGAGGUGAGUGGAGACUCAGCCCCGCUGCUCUUGAGCUUGGAUGGUUGUGCCUUUUGGUGACUUCUGACUCUGCUUUCCACCUUCCCACUGUACACUGUGGUACAAAUAGGUGUUUACACUAUCCUCGUUAAGGCAUCACAUGGGGAAAAAAAAGGAGACAGAGGUGCUUGAAGAAGACAUAAAAAUCCUUACAAAGAAUGUAUACUCAUCUCUUUUGGCCCAUUACGGUACCACUCUCUCAGGGGUCUGCACAAACCCCCUGACUAGAUGGUCUACACUCUUGUCUUUACCCUGGACCCACCUCCUUAGAUGGCCUCAACACCUCCCUCAUUCUUCAUCUCUUUCUUGCCAUAUCUACAGCGGUAAUCAGUUGAACACUUCACCUCACAGUUCCUCAUUCUUCUGAAUUCUGGUGCACUCCAUCUGUAAUCCAGCAAAGACACAGUAUUAAACUCAUCAUCACCAAGCACUAUAUUUCAUCUUUGAAGCUUUCAGUAUACCAGGGGAUAUUGUAUAAAGUAAUGAGGCUGGUUUAACACCUACAACUUCCAGAAGAAUCCAAAUAUGGGUUGUCCUUUAAAUUGGGCAGUUCUAGCUAUUCCAGUAGUGCUAUUAUUCCAAGUGCUACCACUCCUUUAGAUAUUUGGAACAUUCUCAAGAUUCCCAUUUAAUAGACCAUACAAGAAAACUCUAUUACUCUUGAAUUUCAUCUCAUUUUUGACCACUUGAUUACUCACUUAUUCACCAUAUUUGGAAUUGAAUAACUUUUGGCUGUUUCCAAAAUCAGCUGUCAGAAUUGGAAUUAAUUCCAUUAAUCCUAUCCAGAAGAAAAUGAUACACAUUGUGAUGAAAAUUCCAAGAGAAAUUAUGAAAUUUCACACUGUGACUAUCAUGAACAGGGACAGCACUUUCUAAUCAUGUUGUUUUAUGAUUGAUGUUUUCAAAAAUCAGUUAUAAAAUCAGGUAUCAUAGAGGUCCACCUUUUAGAUCAUAAAUUCCUUCCCUAUAACAUCCCUUCCCUACCCCAGUAUGGCCCAUAUUGACCACUAAUAACAUCAAGGCUAUCUACAUCUAUUUCAUUGAACCAUUGGUACCCCCUUGUCAUUUGUCAUCCUGGUUUCCUUGGUUAACUUCUUCAAAACAAUGCUUUUCAGUAUCCUUUAUUUUCUUAUCUUCCCUCCUCCCUCCUCCC